AUGUACCGUCGUGCCACUGCAGAGAAGUCUUUGCAGGACCAAAGAAAUAUUUUACCAAUCGGUCAAUUGUUGGUUGUCUUCAGUGGGCUUGCGGUCUCCCUAGUGAUCUGCUUCAUCGAUCAAAAUGGCCUCAGCGUCGCUCUUCCGGCUAUCAGCAAAGAGUUGAACGCUCAAGAUACGAUUUCCUGGGCCGGAACAUCAUCGCUCAUCGCCAACGCCGUCUGCACCGUUCUUUAUGGUCGGUUGUCUGACAUCUUCGGCCGCAAAAGUGUUUAUAUCAGCGUCCUGGUCCUUCUCAGUGUUGCUGAUUUGCUUUGUAGUCUGGCUCAGAGCCCGUCGAUGCUAUAUUUCUUUCGUGCGUUGGCCGGUAUCGGUAGCGGUGGUAUCUUCAAUAUGACGAUGAUUAUUGUGAGUGACGUCGUCACACUGGAAGAUCGAGGCAUGUACCAGGGUAUUCUGGGUUCAUGCGUGGGCAUCGGGAAUGUGAUCGGUCCCUUGGUCGCAGCUGCGUUUGUGCAACAUGCCUCAUGGAGAGGUAUCUUUUACCUACUCACCCCAUUAGCGGCCACGAGCGCCGUGGUAGCAUGGUUCCUCUUGCCAAGUAAGAUGAGACCAGAGUCGAUGAAGAGUCAAGUGAAAAAGAUUGACUUCGCGGGUGUUCUCACAUCAACGAUUGCCAUUGUUUUCAUUUUGAUUCCCAUCUCUGGUGGUGGUCUGUACUUUCAAUGGGAUUCUGCGCUGGUGAUUAGUUUAUUGACGAUUGGAGGCUGCUCGGCCGUGGCUUUCUUAUUCACUCAAUGGAAGAUUGCAUCCCUUCCAAUGAUGCCUCUUUCUCUGUUCAAGAAUCCUGUUAUCACAACCCUUUUCUUACAGAGUUUUCUUCUCGGUGCUUCAUAUCAGUCCUUGUUAUAUUACUUGCCACUGUACAUUCAAAACGGCCGUGGCUGGUCACCAAUUCAAUCUGCGAUAUGUUCGUUGCCUUUGGCCUUUUUCCAGUCAACUGCCUCUGUCCUAUCGGGACUGUACAUGUCACGUUUCAAUCGGUAUUUUGAGGUUAUUUGCGUUGGGUUCUCUUUGUGGUGCCUUGGAAUUGGCUUGACACAGCGGUGGGAUGGAAACACCACCAAGGGCGAAAUAUACGGGAUGCUUGCUCUCAUCGGCACUGGAAUUGGGUCCAUAUUCCAGCCAAUUGUAGUCGCUCUUCAAGCCCACAGCCCUGUGGCAAAACGAGCCGUCGUGAUUUCCCUCCGUAACUUCUUCCGUUGCACCGGCGGUGCAGCUGGCCUAGCGAUUUCGGCAGCAAUACUGCAGGCUGUUCUCAGGAAGAAUCUCCCGAGCGAAUAUCAAUACCUCACCCAUUCCACAUAUGCACUUCCCGACCAAAGCAGUAUCCCAGCAGCGGAUUGGGACUCUAUUGAGAACGCUUAUCUCAAAGCAUCCCACUCAGUUUUCACCUUCCAACUACCUUUGGUUGGAGUUUGUGUCCUGACAUGUGUAUUCAUUCGGGACAAGGGGUUAAAAAAGCCAGAAGACGUCAAGGAGGAGGAUGCAAAGGAGAAAGAGGGAGUGUCUCAGGCCACUACACAAGUUGAUUAUGACAUGACGGAGCAAGAAGACGAUAAUCAACACGAUCUUGAAAACCAGCUAGAUAAUGUAGAGAAGGAAGGGCGCAAAAAUGACAAACCUGAACAAGCGUCGACCGAGGGGCAAGUUCACGAUAAUAUUCGAGAAAAGCGGUUAUAA